GAUGAAUAUGAUAAAACUUCUGACAGUACAACUACACUACAGAAAAUGCUCGCAGCAAAUUCCAGUGGAGUGGGGAUGUCACCUCUCAUCAUGGCUUCCUGCCCCUUCCUCCCAUCAUUGAAAAAGCCCCAAAGCAAAGCCCACCCGAAGCACUGUCUGCUUCUAGUUAUACAUCGUAAAAAGAGAGUGGCUGCAAGCUCUCACAUUGUUUUCUCCCUUCCAUUUCAGCUUUUUUGACAUGAUAUCUGCACAGCAGCCACCAUUCCCCAACAAAAUUCAAAGAGUAAUGGACUGCCCAACUGACGAAGAAGAAACUUGCGAAGAACAGUAUGGUUCUGAAAACUGCACUUGCAGCUCCAACCAUGCAUCAUCAACAGCAGAAUCCGAAUCAGAUUCACCAGUAACUCUUAAAAUACUACAGAGCUGGGCUCCUCGGAUUUCGCACUACUUCGAUAAAGAGCACUACACGUAUGUUGGCCACCAGAUCGUCAUUCAGGAGUCCAUAGAACAUUUUGGAGCUGUGGUAUGGCCAGGGGCACUGGCUUUAUCUCAGUAUCUGGAAUCAAAUCAAGAACAAUUCAACCUCAAAGACAAAAAAGUUUUGGAAAUUGGUGCUGGAACAGGCUUAGUUUCCAUUGUGGCCUGUAUCUUAGGAGCUUAUGUUACGGCUACUGAUUUGCCUGAAGUUCUUGAAAAUCUCUCAUAUAAUAUUUCAAAAAAUACACAAAACAUGAAUAUGCACAAACCUGAAGUGAGAAAACUGGUAUGGGGAGAAGGCCUCAAUGAAGACUUUCCUCUAUCCAUUUGCCAUUAUGAUUUCAUACUGGCAAGUGAUGUUGUAUAUCAUCAUGCAGCUUUGGAAGAUCUGCUAGCAACAAUGGUGUAUUUUUGUAAGCCAGGAACAGUAUUACUAUGGGCAAAUAAAUUCAGAUUCACUGCAGACUAUGAAUUUUUGGAAAAACUCAGCAAUAUAUUUAACACAAUGAUUCUAGCAGAAUUUCCAGAAUCAGAUGUCAAGCUGCUUAAAGUUACAGUAAGAGAGAAUUAA